CAAUUUUGUUCUGCUUGGGUUUUACUUGAUAUUGGUUGUUUUCAGAGUAGCAUGUUGUCUUUGCAACCCGUCCUUUGGAUUCUUAUUCUUUACACAUCUGUUUCUGAGUGUGUUGAUAUUCCUCCUGCUGGAGCUGACCUACCUGCCCAGACCCCUUACCAGCCGGUCCAAUCUCCAAAGAUACAAGUUUACCUGGGAGAAAGAAGGUGUGACAACUAUUACAAUGGUGCAGUUCUCCCUUGUUUAUCAAGACCCUGGCUUCCUCCUUACAGCUACUCAACUACAGAGGCGUACAAUGGAGAAUACAAGAAGAAGCGUAGUAUCAGGGCCUGGAGAACCAUCAGAGCUACAAACUUUUUGAGAACAUAGUCAUUUAAAAUCUUAGAGUGCUAGACAAUUUAGUUUGCCAAUUCAAUUUGCAAUGUAGCUCUUUGGCAACAUUGCAACCCUGAAUUUGUGUCAAUAGAAAAUUUUUAUUGUAUCGACUCUAAAGACAGUGCAUACUGCACACCAAUAGUUUUCAAAUACUAAAUCUUCUACUUUUGUUAAGCUAGUUUCUUUAUUAGAAUUUUCUUCUUAUGAAUAGAAUGGUCGACCAUUACCAAUUCUUUUCCAUUUUACCUACCUUGUAUAUACUAUUGAUAUUAUGUAUGUCUUUUUGUGGCAUCUUUUUUUCGAAUAAAUUGAAUCAAUUUUUUAAAGUGAAAAA